GAUGACACUGUUCCUACCCUGAAAGACCUCAAAGAUGCCAUUCCCAAGGAGUGCUUCGACUCUUCGGCCGUUACCUCCCUCCUCUACGUCGCGCGUGAUAUUCUCUACUGUGCUAUCCUGACCUAUGCGGCCUUCCACAUCUACCUCCUCCCUACACUGGAGUUGCGGAUCAUUGCCUGGGUUGCCUAUGGCUUCUUCCAGGGCUGUGUUGGGACGGGUAUGUGGAUUUUGGCCCACGAGUGCGGUCACGGUGCUUUCUCGCGUCACCAGAAGCUGAAUAACUUCGUCGGCUGGGCUCUCCACUCGUUCUUGAUGGUGCCCUACUUCUCCUGGCAGAUCACCCACGCUCGGCACCACCGCUACACGGGUCACAUGGAGAAGGACACGGUCUUCGUGCCCUGGACCGAUUCGCAGUUGGCCAAGAAGAAGAACGUCCGGAUUGAGCAGUUGAAGCACCUGACGGAGGAGACCCCAAUUGUCUCCUUCAUCCAGCUUAUUGGUCACCAGCUCAUGGGCUGGCAGCUGUACCUGUGCCUCAAUGUCACCGCUGGGCCCAAGAGUCUGCCCGAGAACCGUCCGAUGAAGGGCAUCUCCAGCCACUUCAACCCCUUCGGCGACAUCUUCACCCGCGCGCAGUGGGUCAGCAUCGCGUUGUCCGACCUGGGCCUGUUGAUUAUGGGCUCCGUGCUGUACUACGCCUCGACUCAGAUUGGGGGAUGGAACGUGUUCCUCCUUUACGUGAUUCCCUACCUCUGGGUCCACCACUGGUUGAUUGCCAUCACGUACCUCCAGCACACCCACCCUGCCGUUCCUCACUACACGGCUGAGACCUGGACCUACACCAAGGGUGCUCUGGCCACCAUCGACCGCAGCAUUGGCUUCAUUGGACGUCACUUCUUCCACGAGAUCAUUGAUUACCACGUUGUUCACCACUUGUUCAGCCGCAUCCCCUUCUACAAUGCGGAGAAGGCCACGCAUGCCAUCCAGCCUCUGUUGGGCCAGAACUACCACGAGGAGAAGCAGGAGAGCUUCCUUUAUUCAUUGAUGACCACUUUCAGAAAGUGCAUUUAUGUCUCCGAGAAGGGUCACGGCCACAGCGAGGCGCCCGGUGUAAUGCACUUUGUCCUCGCUGAUGAGGCGAAAUAA